UGCGCGUUGUAGGGGCACCAUGAUGCGGCUAAGAGCAACAGCCUUCGUGGCAUCAGCGUCACUGGCGCUUUUGAUGCCGGCAAAGUCCUUCAUACUGCCCACCUGUCCACACACAACAAGCAUCGGGCAGCGCCAAGGACAAAGUGCUUCAUGCGCUGGACCAAGUCGGGAAUACCAGGCGCGGUUUGAUGGAGAAACGGACACAGCCGGCGCUCUUGGCAGGGUAGGGGCGGCGAGGAUUCCACCCCUUAGUGCGAUAGCUCAGGAAGGAGUUGCACAGCUGAGACCGCCGCUUGCGGCGGAUUUCUACAGCGAGAGCUUGCUUGACAAGGUCGCGCUAGCGCUGUUCCGGGUUCUCGUCCAGAAAGAGAUCGGGUACAAGUCGGAGGAGCCUGGCUAUGCUGGCCUCAUCGACGAAGCCCAAAACUACAUGGUGAUACAGGGCGCCUCAGUGGAAGAUCAGCAAGACAUGGUCGUUCGAGUUCUGACCACUAUCGCCGGCCCCGCUGUUCCCCCUGUGUACAAGCUGUUCAUGGCACCAUGGCCGUGGGCACCUUUCCUGACCGCGUUUUUCACACCUCCCUUUUUCAAGUUUCUCGUCGGUCCGAACAAGCUUGACGCGCGAAAGGAUGACACCCCCGGCGGUGUGUUCGUGGAAAGGUGUCGAUUUUUGGAGGAGACCAAUUGCAAGGGGUUGUGCACAAACAUGUGCAAGAUCCCGACCGAACGUUUUUUCGAGGAGACGCUGGGCCUGACGAUGGCGAUGGAGCCAGACUUCGACACGUACGAGUGCCGCCUGAGCUUCGGCCUCGAGUCGCCCGCGAUGGAAGAGGACGACACAGUUCCUCGUGGCUGCCUAUCUGGCUGCAGCUGCAAGGAGCUCGGGGCCGUGGUGGCUACCACGUGUUCGAAACAGUAGACAGAUUCCAAGUUCUCGGUAUGUAUUCGAUCCCCUCACGAGGUUGCUGCCUUUCUCAUAGCCAUAUCUGCGAACACAACAAUCAGUUUCUUGUGUGGCUCCUUCUGUCGAGAGUUGGGCACUGCCGGUUGUGACGUAGUUUGUGAUUUCCUCCAUUUAUUCAUUUUUCUAGAUGAUAUGCUUCGCAGUUCAAGACCGACCAACGCCUUUUCGCCGUCAAGCCCCUCUACGUGGUUGGAUUGUUGUUGUCGAUACCGCCCGUGGCUACACACUCAAGAGCCAACGUUGGUCCACUAUGAACCGGUAGAACGUUGUUUUUCGGUUGUACCCCGGGCACGUAAUGUCAAACAGGAGGAUGUAGUUGGUGACUGUUCCGGCACCAAUUUGCGAAGAAUCAAGUGUCCUUUGGGCUGCUCCGUAUUUCAAAGGCGUUGUACAAGUUAGAGAUCUAUGUCGCUUGGUUGUCGCAAUCCACCUUGACGUGUCGGCCCACGGUG